AUGAAGAAAAAUGGCGACGCCCCUACGAACAAGUCCCCUACCAAAAAGCAAGCACCGACAACCCAGCCCCGACGCGACGAGAGCGAAAAUAGUAAUGUUGCAGCAAUUGGCGGACCGUCAUUGAUCAUCAACAGGCAGUCUGCCCCUACGUCUUCUCCUUUUCUUCCUCUUUCUCUUAGGGCUCAAGGCGCGACUACUGGUGGCGGCGCUCCCGGCAUAGGGAGUGGCGUUAUUGCUUCAACCGCCGUCGCAGGUGGAGGGAUUCAAGUUGAGAGUACUUCUGAAGUACCACCUAGUGGUAGUCGGCCACUGAAGAGGAAGUCCGAGGUUUCCGCACCUGAAGGCGUUGUGCCUACUUGCAGUGUGUGUAGCAAGGUUUUCGCGUCCUGGAAGGCUCUCUUUGGCCACAUGCGAUCUCAUCCCGAACGCCAAUGGCGCGGAUGUUUUCCCCCUCCAGUUGCCCAACAACAACUCUCACGUGCAGGUGAUCAUCAAGCGGCUUUUGCUGAGUCCGGUGGUGGCAAUACACAACGAAGAGAAGAAUUGGAUAUUGACUUGAAUCGACCCCAAGAGGGAAAUUUUGGUGCUCCAACUGAUCAAACGAAGAACGAUGAUGGUGGUUUUGAUCUCAACAUGCCACCUAUGCCGGAUGAUGAUGAUGAUGCUUCUUAA